AUGGCAGACCCCGCCAAAGAGCCUUCCAACUGGACGGAGCACACCCACAGCGAUGGACGGCGAUACUACUACAACAAGGUGACCAAGGCGUCGAGCUGGGACAAGCCAGAAUGCCUGAAGAACACGGACGAGAAGCUCAACACCACCGUUUGGAAAGAGUACAAGACUGCAGCGGGCCGCGACUACUACUACAACCCGAUCACCAAACAAAGUGUUUGGGAGAUGCCCAUCGAGCUGAAGCGCCUGAGGGGCCUGGCCAAGGAGGAUGAGAGCGAAGACGAGAAGGAGAAGGCGCCAAAGCAGGAGGAGCCAGAGUGGAAGACGCCUGAAGACAGGAGAAAUGCCUUUAGGGAGUUGUUGGAAGAGAAGGGCGUGAAGAGCACCAUGAAGUGGGAGGAGGCGCUCAAACUCAUCCAGGAAGAUCGCCGCUUCUCCGCCCUCACGGCUGCCGGGGAGAGAAAGCAGGCCUUUGCAGAGUACAUCACUCAGUCCAAGAAGCGAGAGAAAGAGGAAGAGCGGGAGAAGAGGAAACGCUCCAAGGACGACUUCAUUGACGCGCUCACUGCCUGGAAGGACCUCAAGCUUACCACCAGGUACAAAGAUGCAGCAGAACACUUCUACAACGAGGAGUGGUUCAAACUCCUGGAGGAGGAAGAGCGUGUGGAGGUGUUCGAUGACUACAUGGACGAGCAUGAAAAGAAAACUAAGGAGGAUAGGCGAAAACAGCGGAAGGAGUAUGUGGAGAAGGUGAAGGAAGCCUACUCCAACCACGAGAAGCUCUCUGUGACCAGCCGGUGGCGGGAUGCACAGGACGCGCUGCGAGACAACGAGUACUUCAAGUGGCUGUCCAAGUUAGAGGCUCUGACCUCCUGGGAGGAGUGGGUCUUGGAGACCGAGAAGGCAGAGUUGAAGGACAAGACCAAGGCUAAGUACCGCACGGAGCGGAAGAAUCGGGAUGCCUUCCGGGAGCUGCUGAAGGAGCAUGGGGACAAGGGGAAGAUCGCCACCAGCUCCUUCUGGGGUGACUAUGCAGAAAAGGUGGUGAAGGACGAUCGCUACAUUGCCCUCAUUGCGCAGCCCGGCUCCACUCCUCACGACUUGUUCGAUGAUUUCCUGGAGGAGCUCCAGGACAAGUUCAACCAGGACAAGACCAAGCUGAAGAAGCUGGCCAAGUCCAAAGGGAUGGUCAUCACUGCGAGCUCCACCUGGGAGUGGUUCCAAGGUGAGCUCAAGGGCGAGGCGGUCUUCAACGACAUCGCGGAGGAGCAUCGGAAGUCCAUGUUCGAAUCUCUGGUGGUGAAGGCCAAGGAGGCGGAGGAGGAUGCGGAGAAAGUGGCGAAGAAGAACCGGAAGAAGUUCGUGGAGCUGCUGCAGAAGAGCCGGGAGGUCACGGCCAAGACCAGCUACGAGAAGGCGGGCAAGCUGCUGGGCUCCAACCCCGCCUGGGAGGCCAUGGAGGACACCACCCGGAGGCAAUGUUUCGACAUUUUUGUGGACCAGCUGAAGAUUCAGGCCGGCGCAACUGAGGCUGGCGAGGAGGAGGAAGAUGCGACUGCCAAGAAGAAGGAGAAGAAGAAGGAGGGCAAAGCAACCAAAAAGAGAAAACAGGAAGAAGAGGAGGUGGCGGAGCCUCCUCCCAAAAAGGCAAAGAAGAAAAAGGAUGACGACGAGGAGGAAGUGGUCAAGAAGAAGACCAAGAAGAAGUGA